UUGAUUUAUGCCAUCUUUACCAGCUUAUAAAUAUCAUGAUCAUAAGACAUUACAUACCAAGCAAUUUCGGCUCUAAGCACAUCCAAAUCGCAGCAACUGAAGGUCAAGUUAUGGAUAAGAGACUCUCAAUCAAUGUCAAGGGCAUCCCGACGAUUUCAACAUCGGCGCUACUUCUUUCUAAACCUUAUCAACCCUUUUUAACUCUUUCUACUUCUACAAUCAAUGGAAUAGAAAGAAAAGACGGUUUUGCAGUCUCAAUUAAAAAUCAUGGUAAAUUAGGACCCAAACUAUUAGAGAUUGUAAAGCACAAGUUAAGUUAUAGUGCUAAAAUCAUACCAAUUGGCCGUGAAGGGAGAAUUUUCAGGAAAAACUUCAGUACCAUUGACUGUGAAAAGUUGCUACAUGCUUCUCAAUGUUGCAUAUACACUACAGCUGGUGCAAUAGCAGGAAGCCUCUUCAUUUCUACUGAAAGGGUGGGAUUUUGCAGCGAUAGAGCCCUUAAAACGUAUUCUGCAACAGGGGAGCUGUUAAAGUUCCAAUAUAAGGUGUCAAUACCGUUAGGAAAGUUAAAGGGAGUAGACGAGAGCAUAAACAGGACGAGGCCAUCUAAUAAGUAUGUGGAAUUUGUGACGGUGGAUGAUUUCAGCUUCUGGUUUUUGGGCUUUCCAAAUUAUAAAAAAUCUUUAAGAUAUAUUCGUCAGACAAUUGGUCACAACUGCUUAAGUAAUUAAUAUAGAACAUUAAUUGUUUCUCUGUUCCAUGUAAAUAUAGCAACAUUAUGUUGUACGGAUACCUUUCCAAAAGGAGUGAAAAUGUAUAUAUAUUUGUUGAUGUGAGACAUUGAAGAUAACUCAUUUCUCAUUGUCUAUUUGCUUGGAUGUCUUUAAUUCUAACUUCAAGAAUCGUUUCUUAUGUUUUGUUUAA